CGUCACGUUGAUUGUGUAAUCACCAAGUGUCUGCUGGCCAGAGGAGGGGGCGGGUCCUGAAUGAGUUUAGUAGUUGUUGCUGGCUAACCAACAAAAUGCCCCGUCCACCAAAUUUGACGCGCAGUGCGCAUUCAGUCAGUUAGUUAAGGUAAAUUCAAGUGUAACGCGGGGUGGGGGUGGGCAAAAGAGAUUGCUUAUUUGUUUAUGGGCCUGCCAUGUAGUUCCCUCACCAACAUUUGGUGUCUUUAAAAGUUAUGUCUGUGUUUUGAAUCCCCGUAGGCCGUCAUCCUUCCUCUCAUCACUCGGCUCCGAGGCGCUGCAGGCGGCCACAUAUUUGCGCACGGUCUAAACGGUGGUAGUCACAAGGCAGCGCCAAAUAUUGAGCUAUUUGUACCCUGGCCGGUGUAAGAGGGUGUUUUGGGACCGUUGGAACACUUUACAAGAGGAGACAAUUAGGUCUAAAGAAUACCAUAUCAAGAAACACUGAGUUUAGUUGUUAGGCUAUAUGUUCUGAAAAUUGAUUUUUAUUUUCAUUUUUUUUUUUUUGCAUGCUUUUGUUUUAGUCUGGGCAUUUUUUCGUGUGAGAUGUAUUUAUAUCUGAUACUCUAAGAAGUGAAUCAUGUUCAGAGACAAGGAUCCGGAGAGAAUUCCCCUGGUGACAGACGUGGGGAACACGUAUACCACGAUGGGAAGUUCAUCCAGCGUGCCCAUGCAGGAGGCAGUACAGGGAGACGGCAUCAAACAUUGCCAUGACAACAGCCAUGCUCAGGAGGAGCGUGAGCGAGAGAAGAAAGUUGCCAGGAAGAGGCUGUAUGUGGUCUCUGUCAUCUGCUUGAUUUUCAUGAUCGGAGAAAUCCUUGGUGGAUAUUUUGCAGGCAGUCUUGCUGUAAUGACAGACGCCGCCCACCUGCUGGUGGACUUCACUAGCUCCUCAUCCGCCUGCUUCCUCAUCAGCCUGUUAUCCCUUUGGCUCUCCUCCAGACCUGCCACACACAAGCUCAACUAUGGCUGGCACCGCUCAGAGAUCCUGGGUGCUCUGCUGUCAGUUUUAGCCAUCUGGCUGGUAACAGGAGUGCUGGUUUAUCUGGCUGUGGAGCGCCUCAUCAGCGAAGACUACACUAUCGAGGGCACUGUCAUGCUCAUUACCUCUGGUUGUGCUGUGAUGGCCAAUAUUAUCAUGGCCGUCACCCUUCACCAGUCCGGUCACGGCCACAGUCAUGGUGGACUCGGCUCACAUGGCCACGGCCACAGUCACGAGGAACAAAAAGGAUACACUCAACUCUCAAACCACACACACCUGAGUAAUGACCAUGUAGACAUAGAACGAAAAGGAGAUGACAAUGGACGGAGGGCUCGGCAGGCCAAUGCUAGUGUGAGAGCGGCCUUUGUCCAUGUGGUAGGGGAUCUUCUCCAGAGCAUCAGCGUGCUCGUCAGUGCCAUCAUUAUCUUCUUCAAGCCAGAAUAUAAGAUGGCUGACCCCAUCUGCACCUUCCUUUUCUCCAUAAUGGUCUUCUGCACCACCAUCACCAUCAUGAGAGACAUCCUUAUUGUCCUGAUGGAGGGCAUUCCAGCAGGGGUGAUGUACGGUGAGGUGCGGGAUGGUCUGCUAGCAGUGAAGGGAGUCGCGGCGGUCCAUAACCUUCACAUCUGGGCCCUCACUAUGAAUCAGACUGUGCUGUCUGCACAUGUAGCCAUAGAUGAGUCAGUGGAUGCUCAGACUGUCCUAAGAGAAAUGACACAGGCUUGUUUCUCCUCCUACAACUUCCACUCAGUUACAAUUCAGAUGGAGAGACAGGCUGACCUGAAGCCUGGAUGUACUAUGUGCGAAGACCCCAAGAUGUAGGAACCUGCCUAAGUUGUCAUCUGAGCACAGCAGAAUGAGGCUAAACUAUGAUUUUUGCUGCUGUAACAUGAUAGUAGCAUCAUUUAGUUGUUCUGCUAUCUUAUGUUUUAAUGUGACAUUAAAACCCAAGUCACGACUGUGCCUUUGUUUACAUCCCAAAGAACUUGUGAUAUUGAAUUAAAAAUGUGUCUUAAUGAAUGGCACGCUGGCUCAGAAUAUAUGUUGUUUUAGGGGAAAAGCUUAUUUUUUCGUCCUCCUCCUGGGUGUUUUAACAUACUGUAUUUAAGACAUUAAUAUUCAUGAUUUGCCUUUGCUUUUAACUGUAUUCAUAUUAAAUUAGAAAUCACUCUGCACUGUAUAGUGUUCUUUUCUGAAUCUGUAUGUUUCAGUUCGUUCAGCAGCUUCUAAAUUAUACUUCUGUUCACUAUUUAGAACAUAAAUAUAAAUUGUUUGUUUAGCUUGUGACCUUAUGUGAUUAAUUCAGGCUGGAACAUUAAUCUGCUCUAUCAGCCUAAGACGGCUACAUCCAUUUGCACACAGUCUGUUAUGUGUAGCUAUAGACUAUGGACUACAUUACCAGAAACCUAACAAGUACUGUAUGUGGAGAGCAGGUGCAUUUUUAAAUGAUGAAAAUGCUUUUCCACUACCUUUUUUUAUAAUUGUAAGGUACACGCCGAGAUGAAUUAUUCAAUAAAAUAUUU